UCUUACCCGCUAACAUGAAAGAGUGUUUCAGGUACCCUCAAAGCCACUCGGGCCCUCAUAAUGAAGACAACUUGCUGGUGGCUACUGAUGGGUAUGCUGGUGCUGUCUCGAGGGGAUGACGCGCCUCUUUCGCCGUUCCAACCUGAGACAGUGGGGGUCAUUGCUGGUGCCCAUUUCGAACCCCUACCAAAGGUGAUGUUGUAUACCUCAUCGGUACCUUUAAAUUUUAAGGUCCCCUGGCCAUUACAAUUAACAGAAAUUCAUGAAGGGAUAACCCUUUUGAGUUCUUGCCCCUCUAAUGCAUCCUCUGACUGGUGUUCAGUUUUCCGGGAAUUAAAACAGGUUAUGUUUUAUUCUGAUAUGCUGUUGAAUAAACUAAAUGAUGCAGCUGGUGAGAAUUUGGAGUAUGACAGUGUGGUUAAUAGAGAAAAGCGAGGCUUAUCUUUUAUUGGCGAUUUUGUAAGAUGGUGUUGUGAUGUGGCGGUGACCAGUCAAGUAGAUAGUUUAUUUCUAAAUCAGCAACAGAUUGCUCUGCAUAUUGAUCAGAUGGAAGCACAAAUCAUAGAUGACCAUGUGGCGCUUGCCAAUUUGAGUAAUUCUAUUAGUGUUGUUAAUGAAGCCAUGACGAGUGUUUUGAAAAGAGUUCAAACGAAAUUCACUAACCUUACUGAUUACCUGAGAACUUUUAGAGAAGCAAUGACAGUUCGUUUUUCCGGGAUGGUAAAAGAAAUAGGUCACUCUUUUCAGUUACAAUUAUUAUUAGCGGCUCAGUUAGCUAAGCAAGCUCACACUCUAACUCGUAUUGAAGUUUUGGAUCAAUGCCGCUCACAUAAGAUUCCUUCUGUUUUGAUUACGCCGGCACUUUUGCAGGAAAAAUUGCAGGAUUUGGAAACUAUCCUUGUUAAAGAUGGUUAUAAAUUAGCAAUUAGUAGUACCCAAGUUCAGGCUUAUUUCCAUUUGCCUAUUUGUAGAUGUAAUGCGUUUAAAGAAAGUCUGUAUGUGUCAGUCAAAAUCCCUAUUGUACGCUAUAGCUCUAAUUGGAAGUUGUUUCAGUUUGUUGGUAUACCUUUUCAUUGGAAGAAUAAUACAUGUCACCUAGAACAUGAACCAAACUUUUUAGCGGUGGAUGGUAACCACCUAGUGACGAUCCAAGGACGUAACUUGUUGGACUGCCGGCCUUUGGAGGAGAAUUUGUGUUUUGUGCCUAGAUUUUCAGGAGACACCAUGGGAAGUGCAUUGUGCCCCAAAGCUUUGUUUCAGGGGGUUACAAUCGAAAGACUUGCAGAACUUUGUACUUUUCAAUGCCGUUCCGGAACUCACCUCAUGAUCACGCAGGCUGGGCCGGAACGCUAUUUUUUGACUCACCUUAGGGGCAAGGUGGAGUUACAGUGUGCCAAGAAUCCUAACCAAACUUUGAUUAUAGAUGAUGAAGAACGACCAGGUGCUGUGGACAUAGAAGUUCCAUGUGACUGUCGAUUGUAUUUGAAUAGUGAAUUGAAAAUUAAUGAAUUGUACCCUUGUGACUAUAGAGCUAAGUCUAAGUUUCAACUACUUCAUGUGAUCCCAGCAGCCUGGACCAGGUUAAAGAAAUUAAAGAUUUUUCCACGGACUGCUUCCAGCCACACAGUUUUCCCCUCAUUGGAGGAUUGUUUAGAUGAGGACUGGCCCUCUGCCAUUCCUCAUUUGAAUUUCACGGUCUCUCGGUUCACUAGAUUGGACCCCAUUUCUUUGAAUAAACCGGUUGAAGUAUUGAGUUUCAUGGUCAGACAUGUUCAAAGUAUUGCAUUAUUUGUGAUAGGGGGUACCCUAUUUUUGAUUAUUAUUAGAAAUCCAUACCUUGUGGGUAUUGGAACGUUCCCACGUGUAGCUGCACUGGAUGAGACCGCUAUGUUAAAUGCUGAACUUACUGUUAUGGUUUUUAUAUUGGGAAUUAUAAUUGGUAUGUUGGCUUUUCUUAUCUGGAAGUGUAUUCAACUUAAACGAAGUGCACAGAAAAAUUUGAAGAUAUCGUCCCCAGUCACGCCUGUUGAGGCCUCCACGAGUGGAGAGGCUAUGGACUUACGAGAACGAUUACGUAAUGAAAAUGUAAUAAAGGCCAAGUUGUCUAGUAACACUGGUGAUGAAUUUCUUGUAAACAUCACACUUAUCGAACCAUGAGGUAAAUUUUCUUUGAUUGAUGGACUCAUCCUAAUUGUUUACUGUUAUCGCGGUUUGUAAUUAUUUCAAAAUGGUAUUUGUUGUUUAAUGAAGAAUUAGCUAUGUUUUUUUUAAAACAAAGUAAGUUACGACUAAUUAUUUGGGCACAUUGGUGUAUUGUUUAUAAAGAUUUAGAUUUUGUUUGUUAACCAGAGAUGACCCUAGGUGUCUGCUAUUUUGAUAGGUUAUGCUGGAUUGGAAGUUAAGCCAAGAAAGAAUUCCUUAUCUCCUUUACCUCCCUUCCAUACUCCUUCCAGUGUCAUGUACUGUGCGUUUGAACCAGAUUUCCAUGGACUCGGAGAGCCAGAACCAACUUUAAACUCGACAUGUGGUGCUAGUGUAGAAGAUGAACUGUUAUAGCAUCAAUCAUCGUGUCCAUCCUCAUUACCGAGGAUCUGGGACUAUACAGCCUGUACCUGGUGGUGGGAAAAAGUAACUGUUAUCCCAUCCAGGAAUUGUUGUGGGCUGUGUGUGACUCCUGUGGAAGUGCAUUCGUCGGAUGACCCCAGUUGAUUGCGACAUGUAUGUGUGGACUCUCAGUUUCUAGAAGAGAAGAGACGAGACUGCUUGGUCGCAGUGGGGUUCGCCGCUAUCAUGGCAUUGCUACGUUGAGAAGCCAGUGCUACAUUUCUGUACUAAUGAGUUUGAUGAACGUUCUAUCCCGCAGCUGGUUGCUGCCAUUACGACUCUGUGAAGAUUUUGGACUUCAACUAACUUUUGAAACUUUUGAACUACCUUCUGGUUCCUACCUAGAAGCGUAUCCUCUUGUGCCCUCGGUCCUCUUAAAAGGGGAAGGAUAUUUUGUUGCAAAUUUCUUGUUUUGCUCGGGUUAACCUUUAUUUGUAGGAUGUAAGUUUUGUAUCCUAAUUAUUGAAUCUGCGGGGUAAACAGGCACCUGGGUUCAUCAAUGGUUAGGCGUUUUGGGAUUCCCAUACCUACCUUGUUUGAGAUUUGCCUAUGUUAGACACUGUUGUUAAAUGACAUUAAUGAAAGGUUAAAUUUAUGAGUAUGUCCUUUUCUAUUGUUGAAGUAUGUUGCUACCCCUAUGUAAGUUUAUGUUUUUGAAUCACCUAAGAUUAUUUUUGUUGUUGUUAUUGUUUAUUUUGUUGAUGAAUCUGAUGCUGGGUAUGAAAGUUUCACAGUAUUGACGGAUGGCACUGCUGGCAACAUGCAGCAGAGAUGGCUGGAGCUGAGGGGUGCUACUCCAAAAGGUGGAGCCCUGGACUUGGGGACGAGCUGCAGAUCGUCCCCCGGGAUCAUGGCUUCCGCCACCCCUUCGAGCUGUUCUGUCACCAUACUCCGCCUCUCUCGGCUGUAGGCCAGUCAAGUUAGGCUUAAAUGUGCUUGUACCUCAAGAUUACUUUAUUUAGCUCAAUACAACUAUGUACACUCAUUAUUGGAGAUAUGAAAUUGUAAUUUUAUGUUGUAAGCAAUCGGAUCAAUCUUUGGAUACCUCGAACCCGUCUUUAAGUCUAGCUCUGUUUGUUAUGUCAUCGAUUCUCCUCUGGCCGGUCUUGCUAUGACUUUUAGGAAUUGGCUCGUGCCUCUCAGGCUUCUUUUGUAAUCUUAAUAGUUAACAUUGUACAAUUUUCUUUCAAUCCUUUGUUUGUAAAUUUAAAGUUGUGGUUCUUGGCUUGUGGGGCACAAGCCCUCGUCGUCCGGAGUGAUGUCACGCGGUAAAAUUUUACGUGUAGAGUUUUUUUUUUAACUUGGCUUUGUGCUUGUAGUGCUUUGUGAGCCCGCGUGAGUUCCUGACACUUGUUUGCGACACUCGGGCUUUGAUUUGUUUUCCUGGCGCGGUAGAUUGCUAACGCUCUCUGUUUUUCUGGGGCGGUGACGUGAUUCGCCGCCCGAGAGCCUGGCCAGCUGCGCGGGCGGUUGCGUCAUCCUGUCCUGGAAUCUCCGGGAGUGUUGGCCGCCCUGGUUGGUUACGCUGCGUUGUUGUUCGUGCGCGUGACGUGCUGGUGUUUGUGUCGCCACCAGGUGGCAGAAGUGCGAGUCUAGCAUGACCGGUGGAGGGGGGGGAUAGCGUCGGUUGGCGGAAUGGCGUUGUGUUGUGGAAUCGCGGCCGGGAUUUUUGUUUUCGCGUGGAUUGUUCUCGUCGUGAUGACGUUGUGAAGUGGAUUUAAUAAAGGGGGCCACCCUGGGUGCGCGCGAGGUGGUUCUUCUCGGUGAGGUGCUGGAGGUCUGUCGGAGCCCCGGCCUGGCGGGUAGCUGCGUGCUGCCGUUCGACGGUGUUGUAAGUAAUGGCGAACUCGUAAUUUUCUUUCACCUCUUGUAACAUCUGGGGGCGUAUUUCAAACUUGGGUUAGGAUGACUUAACGUUUUGAUUCUUUCCAGGAGUGCAGGCAGUGUGUGGUAUCCAGUAAUGUAAACUUUCUUUCGUUAAUUUAGCUUAAGGAUGGGUCGAGGUGUGCGUUAAGAAUAAUCAUGUUAUUUUAAAAAGAAGUAAUACUCGUUCUAAGAAGAAGAUAAAUUAAUGUUUAUUUAUUUCAAAGGAGGAUUUAUUUAUUUUUUUUGUUGUUACCAGAGUAUGUUGACAUUGACUUUAUUUAUUUAUUUAAUCAGUUAAUUAUUUACUUUUGUGUUGGUCACAGUUUACCAGAAAUAAAACCUGAAACGAUGUGGGAUAAAUAAUACUUUAUUUUCUUUCAGUCAACACCCUACACCCCCUGUCCUAAGGAGGUUAGACAAUCCCUGUACCAGCUCUACUGCUACCACCCCCCCCCCCUAAUGUUUA